AUAAAACACCAAAAUGGGUAGAAAAGUUUACGUAGUUGGUGUUGGAAUGACUAAAUUUGUUAAGCCUAGUCCAGACAGAGAUUAUCCAGAGCUAGGCAAGGAGGCCGUUUUAGCUGCUUUAGCUGACGCCCGUAUAAAAUAUGAGGACGUACAGCAAGCUGUCUGCGGCUAUGUCUUCGGAGACUCCACUUGUGGUCAACGCGUAUUAUACCAAGUCGGCAUGACUGGCAUACCUAUUUACAAUGUGAACAACAACUGUUCGACAGGCUCUAAUGCUUUGUUCCUUGGUAAGCAACUCAUCGAGGGAGGCGUAUCUGAUGUCAUCCUUGCCGUUGGCUUUGAAAAAAUGGCCCCUGGUGCAUUGGGAGGUGGCGCGUACAUGGACAGGACGAAUCCCAUGGACAAGCACACAAUGAAAAUGGCAGAAAUCGCCGAUCUGACAAGUGCACCUAUGACUGCUCAGUAUUUCGGUAAUGCGGGGCUCGAGCAUAUGAAAAAGUAUGGCACCACAGAGGUUCAUGUAGCAAAAAUUGCAGCAAAAAACCAUCGUCACGGAGCAAAGAACCCACGCGCGCAAGGUAACCGCGAGUACACAGUUGAGGAAAUUUUAAAAUCACGCAAAGUGUUUGGACCUCUUAACAAGCUAGCUUGUUGCCCAACAAGCGAUGGUGCUGCAGCUGCCGUCCUUAUGUCUGAAGAAGCCGUAAUCAGGUACGGCCUACAGAGCAAAGCUGUAGAAAUCAUCGGCAUGGAAAUGGCAACAGACACUGAAAGUGUCUUCAAGGAAAAUAGUUUAAUGAAAGUUGCUGGGUCCGACAUGACUAAAAUAGCCGCUGAACGCCUCUAUGCCAAGACUGGUAUAUCUCCAAUGCAAGUAGAUGUAGUAGAAUUACAUGAUUGCUUUGCCACCAAUGAAAUGAUCACAUAUGAAGGGCUUCAGCUCUGUGGGGAGGGUGAGGCUGGAAAGUUCAUAGAUGCCGGAGACAAUACAUAUGGCGGCAGGGUUGUUGUCAACCCCAGUGGUGGACUUAUAGCCAAAGGACAUCCCUUAGGAGCUACUGGACUAGCCCAAUGUUCUGAACUAGUGUGGCAACUCCGAGGAGAAGCUGGCGAUAGACAGGUACCACGAGCGCGUAUUGCUCUGCAGCAUAACUUAGGUCUCGGAGGCGCAGUAGUCGUUACAAUGUACCGCAAAGGUUUCCAGAAUGCCAGCCCUAACCAGGUUGCAGCUAUCACUGACAACCCUGAAGAGUUCAAGGUAUUCAAGUACAUGAAAAUCUUAGAGGAGGCGAUGCAAACGGACGAGGAAAAGCUCAUCGAAAAAGUCAGAGGGAUUUACGGAUUCAAGGUUAAAGGACCUGGCGGUAUUGAAGGUUACUGGGUCAUCAACGCCAAAGAGGGCAAGGGGAAAGUCACGUACAAUGGAAAGGAGAAGUGUGACGUCACAUUCACAAUUAACGACGAUGACGUCGUCGACCUGAUCUCCGGCAAACUGAACCCGCAGAAGGCAUUCUUCCAAGGCAAGAUCAAGAUACAAGGGAACAUGGGGCUCGCGAUGAAACUGACAGACUUACAGCGCACAGCGUCAAGCAGAAUCGAAAAGAUACGAUCCAAACUGUAAAUUACCGCUUGGAACCGGUUUAAACCAGCAAUUACCGCUAAUAUCUGGGCUACGGUGAGGGCAUGGGCAUUUAAUUGUAAAUAUUUUCACAAACUUAGUACAUGUAGCGUAGUAUGUGCAAGGUUUAUCCAGAUGUUUAUAAAUCAUUCCAUUUUUAACACAAAAUGGCACUAUGAUGGUAUUGUUGUUGAGAUAUUUUUUAUUAAUUAAAUAUUUUAUAUUAAA